CUUUCCAACAAAAGAGAGAGCAAAUAAAUAGAGAAGAAUUCCCAAUCUCAAUUUUGCAUCCCCAAAUUAGGCCAAGAAAAUCGCAGAGCCAAUGGAGAACAACCCGCAGCAGAGCGCCACGCCGCCGUACCCGCCCGCCGUAGCUGCGCCGGGGUACCCAUCGCAGCCGCCGUACCAGCACCUAUUGCAGCAGCAGCAGCAGCAAUUGCAGAUGUUCUGGAAUUUCCAGCAGAACGAGAUCCAGAAUUUGAACGAUUUUAAGAACCACCAGCUGCCCCUCGCUCGGAUCAAGAAGAUCAUGAAGGCCGACGAGGACGUGCGAAUGAUCUCCGCGGAGGCGCCGAUCCUCUUCGCCAAGGCGUGCGAGCUCUUCAUCCUCGAGCUCACGAUCCGCUCCUGGCUCCACGCCGAGGAGAACAAGCGCCGCACCCUCCAGAAGAACGACAUCGCCGCCGCGAUCACGCGCACCGACAUCUUCGACUUCCUCGUCGACAUUGUGCCCAGGGACGAGAUUAAGGACGAGGCGGCCUCUCUGGGGGGGAUUGUGGGCCCACCUGCGGGUCCUGGUGGGGUCCCUGUGGUGCCCUACUUCUACCCGCCCAUGGGGCAGACGAUGAUUGGGCGCCCCGCCGUGGUGACUGGUGUGGAUCCGGGGGUUUACGUGCAGCCUCCGCCGCCGGCGCCGUCCCAGGCCUGGCAGUCGGUGUGGCAGACGGGGGCUGAGGAUGGCUCGUACGGGAGUGGUGGUGGUGCCAGCAGCGGUCAGGGGAACCUUGACGGUUGAGGGUAACUCAAUUAUGUUGAAAGUAAUGGUGAAGUGACAAUGGAGAGUAGCGCGGUGGUCACUUGCUUGGAGGGAAGGAAUUUAGGUUAUCAUCUAUAAAUGGGGGUUGAAUUCUUGCAUAAAAGAAGAUGUGGUUGUAGGAAUUGUAUAAAACUUGAUCUUGUGUAGGGACCAGAAACCUACCAAUGCAAUCAAAAAACAUGUGCAGAAUGUUUCCAGUGCGAUGAUACACUGAACUCAUAAUUAUUUUUUGGUCGAAAUUCGCCACUUUGCUCUA